AAAAAAUGUCUGCUCAUAGCGGUGGUGCUAUCGAUUGGGGUUCUGUAGUUAAACCCCUUUUAAAUAAUCGUUUUGGAUCAACAAAUAAAAAUGAAAUCCUCAAUAUCAUUAAAGCCAUCACCCGGUGUGAAAAUGAGUUUUUUGAUGAGGAAAAUAAUUACUUGCAAUUUUAUACGGCUUUUGCUGCUUUGGCCGCAGAUAAAUUGAGCCAGUGCAAAUAUGUAUCUCAAGCACAAAUUCACGAGGCAUGUGCCAUACUCAUACGUUUUAUGCUUCUACGUUUGGGUAAGGUCAGUGUUUACGAAAUCAAAUGGUUAUUGCCAGCAUUGAAAACCCUCUGCGAGGGGAAAUCAUCGAAUACACCAACAAAAGGUGCUGCUUCAACAACAGGAGGAACAUCAGGAGGAUCAACUGCAGGCAGUAAUAAUGCAAGCGCCUCUAGUCCCAGUUGCGCUGUUGCGGGUACAAGUGUAUUGCAAUUUGAUUAUAAUGCUGUAGCUGCUGUUUUGAAAAGUAGCAAAUAUCCUGAAAAUACUAAAAGCAUUGUCGCAGCCAGUAGUACCUCUGCUGCUAGCAACAAUGCAGGCGACAAGGAUUCUCCCAAAUCCGAGAUUAAAAGAUCGCGAUCUGAUUUGUCCUCAAUAAUUAUUCAUCAACUUACUGCACCGCUGGAAGCCGGAAAAAUGACUUGGGCUCCCCUAAGCGAGGAAAUGACAGAUUGUACGGAAAUAUUUUCAUCAAAUUCAGCAUACCUACAAUCUCUGAAUGGGGGCGACAUCAUAUUAGAUGUCUGCUCUUCUCUACCUAUUUUGACACGCUACCGUCUCAAAUAUCAAGAGACCAUAGCCAAUUUGGCGGGUAAACCGUUGUACUUGCCUUUGACUCAGGUUGAGGCCACACAAAUUCGUAAUACCUUGACACAUAUGGUCACAGACAUCACGAUUUUGUCGGAAGCCUUGACAUUACCGAUUUUACAGCCUUUGACACCAAGCCGCAUAGCCAAAUUAUCUAAGUGUGCUAUAUCGGCCCUGUAUUGUGCUGUGCUCGCUUCAAUUGCCAGCAGUGUUUUAAAUAUGUCAUCUACAACAAGUACACAAAAAUCGCAAAGUUCUUCAGCCGGCGGUGGUUCGACAGCAUCCGUUUCCACACAAUCAUCGGCCAAGGAUGGUGACGAUAGCGAGGAAAACGCCCGUAACGUAGUCGACAAAGCGUUGGAAAUAUACACAACGAUUGGUCAAAUGUUUAAGGACUCAGCUCGGUCUCAUAUAUACCAAAACCAUUUAUGCUUUGGUGCAUGGCUCUUGGUGAGCGGAAUUCAAGGAGCUUUGGGAGCUUCUGGCAGUACCAGCGCUGGCAUUGGCAAAGACGACUGCAAGCAGGCAAAAGCUAAACAGGGUGAAGCCCAACCGACCGCAUCAGCGCGUGUAAAUCUCUUCAAGGUGCAGCAGGGGUUUGGUGUUUUAAAUGCAGCCAUAGCCAAUCAUUGCAUAAAGCUAUUAACUGAACUAAUUGAUGAUCUAAAAAUUGAGACAACUUCGUCCACAGAUGUGCCGCAAACGGGACAGGGACAGGGCCAGCAAACUACUGCGGCUCCUUUGCCAGAACCCGCCAGUUUUGAUGUAUUGGAAAACUACACAACGUUGCAACGAGUUAUGCGUGUACUAAAUACGGCCACUUUGCACCAACUCUUUACGUUCCUGGCCACAGUAACGUAUCGGAAAGCUUGCAAUUUAAAACGAGCCAAUGCCAAAGACCGCACUGAAUGUGAGGCUAUUAGCUAUUCUGAUUCAACGACAUACUUUAAUGAUACUCUCUCGUGCUCCGACAACUCCGAGGAGGACGACAGUGAAAGCUAUUUGGGACAUUGGUUCAAAGAGACGCUACAGCCGGAAUCUGUCGAGGAUAAUAAUACUUCUGAAGCAGUGGAGAAAAAUAAUGAAGGCCAAAGAUCCAAUUUGGUGCCAGCUUUGGAUGAACCUCACGAAUAUCUCGAUUUGGCGGCGCAAAUCUUUUGUUUUAUGGAUCAAUUUUUCUCUCAAAAGCACAGCUAUUUGCAGAGAUACGUCAAAGCGGGCCUAUCCGACCAGCAAAUGUUGCUAAUGGCAAAUAUAUUGAAAGAUCUAGAUCGUGACUCUGCCCGUGGAGGGGAAACUGAUUCUUCGGCGGCAUGUAAUAAAUGGCAAUCGGCUAUGAUAAGAUUUUCGGGAGCAGUUGGUCGUUAUUUGCAUAACCUGGUUUCUGCCUCUUUGUUGAGCGAGUCAUUACAAUCCAAUCUGUUGCAACAUCUCGGUGUGUCGCCAUGGACGUCGGAAACCAACACAUGGCCACUUCAAAUCUAUCCCAGUACACUGUCCGUAUUAGUGCAGAUUCUACUGUUGAAACCAACUCAAGAAAAGGAAGCAGCGUGUCUUUCCGUUUGGCACCGUUUGAUUAAUACCCUGGUCGAGGGAGUUUGUGGUUCGUCUUCUACAAAUCCACCAACAAAUGUUGAUUAUGAAGAUUUGAACAUGGAACACGCACAAUUACUAUUGUUCCUCUUUCAUUCGCUGAAUCUCAUGCAAAAGAAGUCCAUUCUUUUGUUAACCGCCGGCGGUGUUAUACGUUGUGCCGAGGUAUGUCGUGAACUUUCAACCGGCAAACCUAUUCGGAAUAGCCAGAUAAUGCUGUUGUCUCGCCUAUUGCUUUUCCUCGAGUAUCUUAUGAAGCACUUGUAUAAUGCUCCGCCAGAGCUGUUAGAUUCGGUACGCUGGAAUCUCUUCAGUAUAAGUACCAUGCAUGAAAAUCAAAAAAUCGCCGAUUUGUUGAACAACAAAACAAAACUGACAUCGUUCUGUCGCAAGGAAAUAGAGGACGAAUUUCGUCGAAGUACAGCCGAUUGUAUGUCAAAUAUACGACCCACAUUUUAUUCGCUGACUCUUGUCGGAGAUGCCAACCAGCAAACAACAAAUCCUGAAUUUAAAUUAGAUGGUUUAGCUUGGAAUUUCAUACUGUGUACACCGGACAAACUAAAAUAUCCCCUUCUGGUGGACGCUCUUAUCGAUAUUCUGGGUAUUACAGAUAUGACAUUGUCAUGGCAUUCCUGCGACAGCACACAUACCCUUUGCGCUAUUCGCUAUUGUUUUGGCAUAUGCUGGAAGCUGUUGCUUGGACUGCCGCCGUCCACUACUCACGUUGAGCAAUUGCAGGUGGAAAAAACACCAAAUUUGCAUUCUCUUCUGUGGUCCAUUCGAUGUCCUACAUCGCAUUAUCUAAUUGUUAACAGCUUGAUUAAGCAGGGCAUGUACACACAAUUUGCAGAGACAUUGUGGAGUAACAUAUCAGAUCGCGUCAGUGAUAUUCGUUUCAGUUUAAAACAGACAUUGUUGGGAAUCGAAUCCUGCAAUGAAAAUAUAAACAAAGCAAACCCCCCAUUGUCGUAUAUAAUUUUAUUGGACGCACUGCUGUCUCACAUGCAAGCUGUAGCCUGGGCCGAAAAGGAGGGUAUAAAACCACAAAGAUCAUCCUCCAAUGGCAGCACAUCUGGAACUAGUCCCACAACUGGAAAUCCACCAAUGGCUGCAGGUGCUGGGUCUGAUGAAGCCUAUGCAACAUCGUCAUAUGAUAACAGUGAACAAAAGGCGGAGGCUGAAGCCAGUAAUGCAACGCUACAGGAACGGCAAAAAUCUACCAAAGAGCUGCUACAGAUGCUGGUCAAUUCUUUCAAGGUUUUGCGCGACACAGUGCGUCAUAAAAUGGUACAAAUCCUACCAUUGGCCAAUGUGACACCUGACCACAUUUUGGAAUGUAUUUUGGCCAUAGUAAAUUCAAAUAACUUCUAUUGCACCGAUUUAUGCUCACAGUUUUUGAAACUACUCGAUAAUAAAAAUAAAGAAGUCAUAACAGGCGAGUGGUGCGAGUCACUGCCAGUUUCGGAUGCGAUUUUCAACAAGCCAGCCAAUGCUCAGCAAACACAGCAAUAUCCCGCCGAAUCGUAUACCUUGACAGUAAUUGAAGCUCACAUUGCAGAGCUUACACGGGAUACAUACUAUUCGACCCUUAACUCAUUUAAACACUGCCUAAAGAGCCUGUUCAGUUUAAUGAACCUGUUGCUGACAUCGCCGCAACACCAGUGGCAACAAGAUGCCGCCUGUAAGUCAUUAAUCGAUGAUCAAUUAAAGCCAAUGCUGAUUGAAACUCUAAUGGAUGCCCGCAUGGAAUAUGUUUUCGAUACUGCUGAAAAAUGUCUCCAAUCACUUAUGCAAGGUGUGGAUCAGGCAGCUGAGCAGCAACAGCGCAUGUCAUACAAUUAUAUUUUGAAAUACCACUACCGUUUCUUAAUGGAGUACGCGGAUGAAGUGAAAAAUUCCCCUCAAACCGAGCAACAAAGUGUAAUUUUCAAUGAAUCUCUUUUGUUUGCUGUCGUAAAGUCAAUGACGCAAAUGUUGGAGAAACCCAUGGGCGUUAGGGCAAUACAUGAGUUCUUCACCAAACGGGAAUCGAGCGAAUUGAAUAAUGAACCAAGUUUGGUCGACCUUUUACUGUCCUUUACCGGCACUAACCUCUCAAUGACGUACGCCAGAAAGUUACUUCAGUUUGUUGAGAAACUGUUUCACAUUGCUCAACAACCAGAUUCUGGAUUUCCCAUGGAAGACCUGGUACAUUGCUUUGGAGAUUUAGCUAAUGUGGAGCAGCAGCGCAUAAAAUCGUGGCUAACUCAUGUCAUAUACGGACCACAAAGCGUACACACACAGCAAGCAGAAACGCCGAUGGAAAAACAAUCAUCCGCAGCGGGAAUGCCGCCAGCCACAUCCAGCACUUCGUCAAGUAAUGCUCAGACGCCCACGAAUAUGGCGACAAUUUCGGCCAUAGCCAGUCUUUCAGAACAGUUUGGCAAUCAAUCGUCUACUCUUGACAAUGCUGAAGCUAUGGACAUAGAUGAAGACAAUGCCGCUACGAAUCAACCAUCAGUUCAACAAAACAGUUCGGCCGCAGCUCAAUCGUUAAGUCUUUGGCCGCCACAAUCAACCACAGCUGGCAACAGUAGUUUCCUAGCUACAAAUCAGUCGGAGCCACUUUCCACAACACAAGACGAGCAAUUGCAAAAUCAACCACAAACCGAAAGGAACGGCGCCCUUCUACAAAGUGUUAUAAAAUACAUUGUACACGACAGCAAAGGAGGGCCAAAUGGUGUGGCUAUGUUGCUAUUCCAAGCUUUGCUACAACUGGGACAGACACUUAUCACCCCAUCAUCCUACGAGACUAACGACUUCUCUGACAUUUUGCAAAUUAUGAUUUGUUUGGCGGACUGUGCACAAGGCAAGGGUCAUUCAACACUUUUUAAUGCCACCAUAAUGUGGCUGGAAAUUACAAAAUUCCAGAUACUAGAGAAGACCCAAUAUUUACAAAAUUCCCCUAUGAUGCCCUCAAAUAUUUUGGAAAAUGUCAAUGCAUUGCUUCGUUACUUGCAUGACUUGCUGCAAAGUUUGGGAUUCAGAGGCAGCAAACAUCAACAGCAGCCUGCCUGGGAUGAUGAUAUCCAAACCGACUUAGAAGAUCUGAUGGAUGAUCUGGCUAAUGAACAGCAAGGCGACGAGGAUUCAUUUGUGGAGGACUCCGACGAGGAUAGCCUUAACAACAAGUUAUGUACUUUUUCACUGACCCAAAAGGAGUUUAUGAAUCAACAUUGGUACCAUUGUCAUACAUGCAACAUGGUGAAUACAGUAGGAGUCUGUUCGGUGUGUGCCAGAGUUUGUCAUAAGGGUCAUGAUGUCAGUUAUGCCAAAUAUGGCAACUUUUUCUGCGACUGUGGCGCUAAAGAGGAUGGUUCGUGCCAGGCUUUACGGCGACGUAUUGCCAGUAGUGGUGGUAUGCCCAGUGGAGAUGCUCGUGGCCAACUAAAUGAUUAUUCAUCGUCGGUAUAUGCACAGAGCAGUGGUUGUGGCGUUCUGUCUCAAGCCAAACGCGCACAAACGCCCCCAACGCAAAGUUGUCUAAGCCAGCAGCAACAACAACAGCAACUACAAGGCAUGAAUACGACUCUACAAUCAGCAGGAGGAAAUAACUUACUUGUGUCUUCCUCGCAGACCAACGAACGCAUUGCUUUACUGUCGAAGCUGCUCGAGUCCUCCAAAGAAGUGCUGCAGAACUCGGAACAAUGGACAGUUAUUGUUAAAUGCAUAUUAGAGUUCUUUGACGUCAUCAUGCCCGCCAUCAAAGAGAAUUGCGACCUCUUCUCCAUUGUGGGUUGCCAUCGCAGGGCAAAAUCUGCCCUACAGCGUCUUCACGGUGAACAGACAUUCCAACAUACCGAUCAAUUAAUGUUACCCACUUUAGGGUCUCAAGAAGGUGCAUUUGAAAAUGUGCGCAUGAGCUACUCCGGCGACCAGGGACAAACUAUUAAACAACUCUUGUCCUCUGGUCUCGUACGUCGUGUUGCAUUGUGCUGUCUCUCGUCGCCACAUGGCAAACGACAACAUUUGGCCGUGUCACAUGAAAAGGGCAAAGUUACAAUACUGCAAUUAUCAGCUUUGCUUAAACAGGACGCAGCAAAAAGAAAACUGACGUUGACGCAGUUGUCUUCGGCACCGAUACCGUGUACGGUAUUGUCCCUGACUGCAAAUCCAGCCAAUGAGGAUUGUCUUGCUGUAUGCGGCCUAAAGGAAUGCCACAUUUUGACCUUCACCAACACAGCAGCGACCAGUGAUCAUAUUGUUUUGACACCCCAAUUGGAAAAUGGAAACUUCAUCAAGAAGGCACUGUGGUUGCCGGGAUCGCAAACCAUGUUGGCUUUGGUUACAGCUGAUUAUGUUAAAAUCUACGAGUUGUCAGAGGAUACCUACAGUCCUAAAUAUUACUUUUUAGUGGCAGUCGGUAAAAUACGCGACUGUACGUUUGUCUAUCAAGAUGGUGUCUACUACAUGCUGAUUAUUGCCUCCUCCGGCUACAUAUACUAUCAGAAAUUGGACGAUCAAUCAUUGGCUAAGCAUGGUGACUUCUACGUUACCAAUACUUUGGAACUUAAUCACACCCAAAUAAAAGACGUCAAUGGCCAAGAGGGUGGCGGUGGUGUUUCCAUAUAUUACUCGCAUACAUUGCAACUGUUGUUCUUCAGCUACUCUGUAGGCAAGAGUUUUGUGGCGCCCAUGACCGACGUUAACAAGGGCGUCAAGGGCAUAACUCACCUGCAAACUUCACCAACUACAAAGAAUUCAUCAAAGGGACCUCCGCAAGCUUUGUGUCAGUGGACGGAAAUACCUGGUCAUCCAGGUCUAAUCUGUGCCAUGAUGCAAACUUCAAACAAUCCUGUCAUAUUUAUGUUCACUCCCGACCGCAUUUAUAUGCAAGAAAUCAAAGCCCAAUCAUCCAAGUCUCGCAUAAUGGACAUGGUUGCCAUUCGUCAUACAGUGGCUGGGGUAGAAAAAACUACUCUUAUUUUGCUCUGCGAAGAUGGCAGUCUAAGAAUAUUCACCGCCAACCAAGAAACAACAUCAUUCUGGUUAUCUCCACAAGUUCAACCAUUGACAAAUCAACUGUAUUCAUCAAAUCUUAGCAGCAAGUCAUCGUAUGGCAAUGGCGCACACAAGAAAUCGAAAAGGAAAUCAAGCCAUCAACAGAAAACCACAGGCCCCAAUGGCAAUCCAAUUUUCCCCAUAGACUUUUUCGAGCAUUGUACUAUGUUGCCAGACGUCGAUUUUGGCGGCAAUGAUCUUCUGCAAAUCUAUAACAAGCAGAAACUAAAGACAAGGCUAUUCUCAACUGGAAUGUUUGUGGCAUCUACAAAAGCCACUGGUUUCACUUUAGAAGUGUACAACAAUGAUCCCAACAUAGUUAUUGUGGGAAUACGUGUAUUGCUGGGCACACAAGAUCCUCAUCGUACUCCACAGAGUGUGACAAUUCUAGGAAGAACUAUACCGACUCCUGUGCGCCGGGCAAGAUGGUUCGAUAUUCCACUGACACGUGAGGAAAUGCUGCAAUGCGACAAGUGUCUGAAAGUGGUUUUUGGUAAAUCGAGAGAUCCUGAAAAUGUUUGUAUGCUGGACUCCAUCGAAGUUUAUGGCAAGUCAAAAGAUCUGGUCGGUUGGCCCGAUGAUACAGACGAAGUGGCGGCACAGUCUACUUCGGCGAAUGCGCCAAAUGGGACGGUAGCAAACACCUCAUACGGCAUUAUGGGUGCAUCCAGUUCCAGCUAUGAAGGAUAUAACUCAAUAACUCAAUUGGAUAAAAUGGUGACCAUCCUUUUGGAAGUACUCGAUUGCUCCCUCGGCUUGCUAAGUCAAAGUCAAGGAUCAACUAAUGCUCUAUCCAGCACCAUAAAACAGAAAGCAACUAAUACGGCCACAUCAUUGCUAUUGCUGCCAACAGCGAAUCAGGUGCAAGUACAAUCGAGAUAUGUACUUGCAACUUUGUUUGGCAAUAGGCAGGCUUACCACAACUACAAGGACUAUGAAAUGUUGGUGUAUGUUAACGACGAAUUAAAAGUCUUAAAAUCGAAACUCGCCAAUCGUGAAACCCUUAGAGACAUUGACCCCGAAGCUUUUUAUCGAUUAGUGUUAAUGGUACGUGGAAUUGCUACCACUAGACCGAUGACAUUAACAAAAAUAUGCUUGGAUAAUAAAUUCGAAAUUAUUUCCGACCUAAUGGAAUUUGUCGAAAAGUUAUAUGAGAUUACGCCAAAUGUGGAUGAACCAACAUCGAUUGUGCGGCAAGGUCUAUCACAUACGGAAACCAUUGUGCACUGUUUGGUGGAAAUAAUGCAUGCGUUUGCCUUGGCUGAUGCGUCGCAAGUAGAUAGGGUCACAUUGAUGUUUAUUGCCUUGCUGAAGAAUGAGUCCAGCGUUAUAUCACAUAGCGCCAAAGAAGCUAUAAUCUUAUUGCUUAGCCCGCGAUCAAAGCGAAGAAAGGUGGCUAUAAUAACGCCCACAUUGUGCUCAACACCGACUCCACCAGCACUGUCUACCAAUGCCAGCAUGGUAAAUGCUUCAGCUGCUGCUAUUGUCGGCGGCGGAGCCAAUGAGGAUGAUGCUCUCGAUGAAGCUGCUGGCAUUGUCAAUCCUAUCGUAGCCGCCGUUGGAGGUGGCGGUGGGUCAUCGUCACCACCUUCUUCAGUACAACGUAGUAGCAGCACAGAAUAUGUGUCUGUACCCGGGGCCGUCGCUAAUGAUCCUAAUGCUCUGGUGGAUCCACUAGAAGCUUUCAUGGGAAGUGGUUUCCCACAACUUUUGGGUCUUCAGCAAGAUGCCGAUGAAGAGGCUAUUAUGGAUAUAGCCAUAGCAUUGAGUUUACAACAGCACGAUGGCAGUGGGGCCGAACCAGGCCUUCAACAGCUUCAGCAAGGGCUAUCAAAUUUACAAGGAAUGCGAAAUGCUGCCGCUCAGUUGCAACACGCCCAAGCCGCUGCUGUUGCUGCUGGUGGAGUAAAUGUAGUAGGUGCCGCAGUUUCAUCUGCUGCCGGUUCCGAUGAUGAAGGUUCGAAUGUGGCUACUGAUGGUUCAACAUUAAGGACAUCGCCCGCUGAACCGGUUGGAAGUGGCGGCUCAGAGAGUGGAGGUAGUGGUGUUGAGUCUAUUGGUGGCACUUCUGGCCGAAGCAGUACUUACGAAGGAGAUGGUGGUGCCACAGCUUCGCCCCCUCGCGCCAGUGGUGGUAGUUUAACGAGUGGCAGUAGCAUCAGCAAAGGAGCUGUUGGCGGGUCAAUACCCAGUACGGCCACCGAGAUGCCAACAACGAGCAGGGCAGCAUUGGAAGCCUGUCAAAGUAAUGACACAGAGGAAAAUGAUGCCACGGAAGAUGAAAAAUUAUCCAAGUUACACGAUUUAAGAAUUGCAAUUUUGGGCAGUAUAAUUUCAAACAUCCAUACUCUCGAUGACUGCAAUGGCUUGCAGUCGAUACCAUUAAUUCAGGUUAUUCUAAUGUUAACCACCGAUUUGAAUGGUAACAACGAACGUGAUCAGAAGAUAUUAAACGAAUUACUAACAGCUCUUGUAGAAUAUGUUGAAAUGGAUUCUAUUUCAAAUGCUUCAAAGAUGAAAGAUAAAAGUCUUAAAAAUGAAGUACGUCUGGCCCUGCUCUCGCUAUUCGGCGUACUAAUGGGUAAAACUAAAUCUAAACAAGCUGGCACAACCUCUCCACCACAUCAGUUCAAGGAUAAUGCCUCAUUUGUCGCUAGCACAACUGCCAGUAUUUUGAGUAAUAAUGGCGCAUUUACAUUCUGCUUAGUUGUAAUGGAGACUUUGCUGCAACAUUGGAAACGUGUGUCCAGUGAACAAAAUCAAGCACCUAACCCGGCAUCAGGGGUUGUAAGUGCAAUUGCCUCGGGUUCUAGUAACAGUGUCAGCACACCCGUCGUGCCAGGUUCGGCCGUCCCUCCUACUCAGAACAGCCUCCUAAAGCCUGUGAGAUAUGGGCCUAAACCAGAUUUGUCUACAUUAAUUCCACACAAUUACCUAAAGAACUAUCCCGAUAUAUUUGAGUCAUAUGAUGCUUUGUUAACUGAAAGCUCGGUGCGUUUGCCAUAUCAAAUUUUACGGCUAUCGGCCACACAUCCAGGUACAUACGAUUGGUAUCAUAGCUACUGUGAAAAUAUGACAUACACACUAUGCGAGUAUAUGAUGCUUAAUUUGAAUGCAUUGCUGCGGAGGCAAGUAAGAAAGUUGCUAAUGUACAUUUGCGGCAACAAGGAAAAAUUCAGAAUGUUCCGUGACGGACACUCGUUGGAUGUGCACUUUAACUAUGUCAAGGAUUUGUGUAGCCUGUACAACACAAAGAACAUGGUUUUAACAAACCAGUCGAUACCUAUGCUAAGCUAUGACUCGCUAGUCGAACUUACCGAACAUUUGAGAACAUGCCAGGAAAUAUCUCAAAUUCGCACAGGAAAUUGGCAGAAAUUCUGUCUCAUACAUGAAGACGUUAUUCCAGUACUUAUUGAGAUUGCUUGUUACCAGUUGGACGAUGGAGUCUCUCCCAUUAUUCUGCAAUUGUUACAAGCAGCUUUGUGUAACAACAUCCAGGCCGUCAAACAACAGCAACAAUCGGAAAAUACGGGAACAGGCGGAUCUUCGGGUAGUGGAAAAACGCGCUCGGACCGCGAUAAGUCGGAAGAAAUUGAAAUGACUUUUGAUUCCAAAUUUGAUUCGACACACUGCUCUACAUUUGUGCAUCAAAUAUUCCGCUUUGUGUCGGACGCACUUUUGAAUAAAUUUGUGCGAAUCUUCUUGUUGGAGACAAAUAUCACCUCAAUCAGAUGGCAAGCUCAUUCUUUGGUAUAUGCCAUCUACGAUUAUGCGAACGAAAGACAGAGAGAGAAGCUGAUUACUAUUCUGUGGAACAUGUGGCCCUUAGUGCCGCAAUUCGGUCGUCGUACGGCCCAAUUUGUUGACAUUUUAGGCUAUUUAACCCUGAGUACGAAAACCAUUUCGGAGCGUUUGCCCGAAUUCACUGAAAAGGCUGUUGAAGUCCUUAGACAGCAAAAUGAUCUUUUAUCGAAGCAUCCGAACGCUUCUAUAUACACUGCCCUGGAACAAAUAUUGCAAAUGAACGGCUACUAUUUAGAAUCGGAACCCUGUUUGGUGUGCAACAAUCCUGAAGUACCAAUGGCAAACAUAAAGUUGCCAUCAAUUAAAUCUGACUCCAAAUUUACAACUUGCACCAUGAUUGUCAAGCUGGUGCAAUGCCACACGAUUUCCAAGCUUAUAGUGCGUAUAGCCGACCUGAAGAGAACCAAAAUGGUAAGAACCAUCAAUAUUUACUACAACAAUCGCACUGUUCAAGCUGUGGUCGAACUAAAAAAUAAGCCAGCCAUGUGGCACAAAGCUCGUACUGUCACCUUGCAGUCGGGUCAGACCGAGGUGAAAGUUGAUUUCCCACUUCCGAUUACAGCAUGCAAUCUAAUGAUUGAAUAUGCUGACUUUUAUGAGACCGUUACGGGUUCUUCGGAAAAUCUCCAGUGUCCCAGAUGUAGUGCUGCCGUUCCAUCGUACCCAGGUGUAUGUGGAAAUUGUGGUGAGAAUGUAUUCCAAUGCCAUAAAUGUCGCGCUAUCAACUACGAUGAAAAGGAUCCCUUCCUGUGUCAUUCAUGCGGAUUUUGCAAAUAUGCUAAAUUUGACUUUAGCCUUUACGGACGCAUUUGUUGUGCUGUGGAUCCCAUAGAAUCUGCCGAGGAUCGAUCAAAAACUGUACACAUCAUCCACUCAUCGCUUGAGCGAGCAGAUCGCAUUUAUCGCCAACUAUUGGCCAACAAGCAAAUGUUAGAAUUACUUUUGCAAAAAUAUGCCGAACAUGGAUCUUCCGAUCGCCUAAUGGACGAAAGUUUAGGCACCAUACACAGCACUUCGCAAGUAAACAAAAUAAUACAAUUUUUGGCUCAGAAAUAUUGCGUCGAGUCUCGAUCGUCUUUCGAAGAGUUGUCAAAGAUCGUGCAGAAGGUCAAGGCCUGUCGCAGUGAGCUCGUCGCCUAUGACCGCAGCCAAAUGGAUCAGAGCAAUUUGCCGCAUUCACCAGAUAAACGAGACAACUUUAACAUCAACAAAUGCUAUGGUUGCGCAUUGGCCUCCACCGAACAGUGUCUGACAUUACUACGGGCUAUGGCCUCAAACUAUGACUGCAGAUUGGUUUUGUACAGUCAAGGGCUCGUCGAAGAGUUGGCUCAGCAUAAUCUGCGCCGAGGAACAGCUCAGAUACAAGAUGAAGUACGCAAUCUGCUAGUAUUGUUGACAAAGAACAACAAAGAUGCCUGCAUGAAUCUGCUGGAGUUAAUCAGUGACAGAGUUAAAUCUGCUCUUCUAGGAUCCAUUCCCUUGAACAACAUCGACUCUGCCAUCUAUCAUGAAAUGGAUUUGUUAAGGGUUUUGAUAUCCCAAGAUGAUUUCUGUUGGGAACAGAAAUUAAAAAUUGUUUUCGAAUUAUUUUUGCACACAUGUCGCUGUCCGCGAGGUCCAGCCUACUCUGUCAUACAACCUUGCCUCCACAUCAUGCUUAAGCUUAUUUCACCCACAAUACCCUCAACAAAACUCAAUCGCGAUUUGAGCCCUUCGACGCUAUCCUCAAUUAAUUGUGUCGAGGGCCUGAGCGUUGAUUUCCAGAAAUGGUUGCAAAACGACCCUCAACAUUCAUUUGAAGCUUGGAAAUCUCGUAUGCCCUCAAGUACGUUGGCACAACAGUCAAAGAGUUACAAAGCUUUUGUAGCGGCUGCAGCUCAAAAUUCCUUGCAAGAUGAGAACAUUUUGGCUGCCGUUUUGCAGUCUGUUCAAAACGCCGAACAAAUGCAUAGCAGCAAACCGCCAGAGAGACAAAUCUCAAAUGAACCCCCGACGGUCAUCAGUAAUGCAACGAGCACCGAAAGCAAAGAGAGCCGUAGAAAGGCAUUAAGAGAGAAUUACCUUAGAGAGAAAUACGGUCAGCGAUGGCGUUUGCGUCAUCUUAAUCGCGGACAACCGUAUAAACCGUUGCAGUUGAAUGCUACUUGGCUACAGCCGAUACUCUUUAACAACAAUUCACGAUUUAGAAGACCAUUGGUAUGCACCCUAAUUACGGUUCUAAGCAGAACCCACGAUCGCAAACGAGAAAUACUGAACCUUUUAACGAGCUUCUUGAAAUAUGUCGGAGAAGCGGGAGAAGCCAGCACUGACUUUUUGUCCCUUUAUCGUUUGUUGGCUGUGGAUACCCCUUGGCGUCAAUAUUUGGCAUUAAAAGGAGUUCUGCUGGAAAUUUCCCUACUAUUAUCUGAAGAAAUUAAAAAGAUUCACCGUUUGGAAGAAACCACUCUGUCGUCCGAUUUGUCACAGGGCUAUGCAUUGCGCCAGUUCGUAGAGUUACUUGCCUUGUUCCUAGACAAUCCACAGAUAAGGCAAGUUUACAAAACGCGACUGCUGGGGCCAGUUCUUGAAGGCUAUCUGUCACUGAGGAAGCUGGUUGUUCAAAGGACUCGACUAAUAGACGACGCCCAGGAGAAACUAUUGGAAAUGUUGGAAGAAAUGACCAGUGGCACUGAGGAGGAAACCAGGGCGUUUAUGGAAAUUCUUAUCGACACUGUGGAGAAGACCCCCGUGAAAGACAUAAAAACGCCAGUCUUCAUAUUUGAACGACUAUAUUCCAUAAUACAUCCUGAAGAAAAUGACGAAUCUGAAUUCUUUAUGACCUUAGAGAAAGAUCCGCAACAAGAAGACUUUUUGCAAGGUCGUAUGCUGGGCAAUCCAUACCCUUCAACUGAGCAAGGCCUGGGGCCUCUGAUGAGAGAUAUCAAAAAUAAAAUCUGUACUGACUGUGAACUCAUUGCUCUUCUGGAGGACGAUAAUGGCAUGGAGUUGCUGGUUAACAACAAAAUUAUUAGCCUGGACCUUCCAGUGAAGGAUGUGUACAAGAAGAUAUGGCUAGCAGAAGGUGGCGAAAGGGAUGCCAUGCGAAUUGUAUAUCGCAUGAGAGGUUUGCUGGGCGAUGCCACCGAAGAAUUCGUGGAGACUUUGAACAACAAAUCGCAGGAAGAAGUCGAUACCGAACAGUUGUAUCGUUUGGCCCAUGUGCUGGCCGAUUGUAACGGCCUCAAAGUCAUGCUCGAUCGUAUAGGAAGCCUUCAGAAUAUACCACGCUCUCGUGAACUUAUUCAGGUUUUGCUUAAGCUAUUCUUGAUAUGUGUUAAAGUUCGUCGUUGUCAAGACGUCCUAUGUCAGCCGGAAUUGGGGGCGGUCAAUACAUUACUGAAGGUAUUGCAAAUGUGCUUGCAAUCUGAACCGGACUCCAUACAAUCGUGUGUAACCGAACAACUACUGGAAAUAAUGGAGACCAUUUUGUCUAAGGCAGCGAGCGACACGCUCGAUUCGUUCCUGCAAUUUUCUUUGACGUUUGGCGGCCCGGAGUAUGUUACCGCGCUAAUUUCCUGCACUGAAUGCUCCAACGUUCGCAACAAUCCCUCAGUGUUGCGACAUCUAAUACGAGUAUUGGCCGCAUUGGUCUACGGAAAUGAGGUAAAGAUGGCACUGCUGUGCGACUAUUUCAAAGACAUCUUGAACUUUGAUAAAUUCGACAGUGAACGCACCACUGAGGAAGAAUUCAAGUUGGAAUUGUUUUGUGUGCUAACCAAUCAAAUUGAGCAUAACUGUAUUGGUGGCACUCUGAAAGACUAUAUCGUGGGUCUGGGUAUAGUCGAGAAGGCAAUCGAUUACAUUACUCGCUAUGCGCCCUGUGUGAAGCCCACACUUUUAAGAACGGACUCCGAUGAACUUAAGGAGUUUAUCUCCCGACCAAGUCUUAAGUAUAUACUGCGAUUCCUCACCGGUCUGGCUACUAAACAUGAAGCAACGCAGGUGGCGAUUAGCAAAGAUAUCAUACCCAUCAUACACCGUUUGGAGCAGGUCUCAAGUGAUGAACAUGUUGGCAGUUUGGCCGAAAAUCUCUUGGAGGCAUUGUGCACAGAUACGGCCACAGCUACGCGUGUGCAGGAAGUGCGCGAUUUUACCAGAGCUGAAAAGAAGCGUUUGGCCAUGGCAACACGCGAAAAACAAUUAGACGCCUUGGGUAUGCGAACAAACGAAAAGGGUCAAGUCACCGCCAAGGGAUCCAUUCUACAGAAGAUUGAGAAGUUGCGCGAUGAAACUGGACUCACUUGCUUUAUAUGUCGCGAAGGCUAUGCAUGUCAGCCGACCAAAGUCUUGGGAAUUUAUACCUUUACCAAGCGCUGCAAUGUAGAAGAGUUUGAAAUAAAAUCCCGCAAAACGAUUGGCUACACAACGGUUACCCAUUUCAAUGUGGUGCAUGUUGACUGUCACACUUCAGCCAUUCGACUGGCUCGUGGCAGAGAUGAAUGGGAGCGUGCUAGUUUGCAAAACGCCAAUACCCGAUGCAAUGGUUUGUUGCCACUAUGGGGACCCGAAGUUUCCGAGGCUGCAUUCUCGGCCUGUAUGACCCGCCAUGCCAGCUAUAUGCAGGAGAGCACUCAACGUUGUGACAUUUCCUACACGAACAGCAUCCAUGACUUGAAAUUGCUGCUUAUGCGUUUCGCCUGGGAGCGCAGUUUCCACGAGGAUGCAGGUGGUGGUGGUCCACAAUCCAACAUGCAUUUCGUUCCUUACUUGCUCUUCUAUGCCGUCUAUUUGCUGCUCUCUUCGCGCUCUGCAGCUCGAGAUAGCAAAACCUUGGUGUCUUACCUUACGGCUCCUCCAUCUGAGAAAUGGCUCGAGAGUGCCUACGAAGUAGAGGGUCCUCUCUACAUGUUGACAGUCUCGCUGGCCCUGCACUCGCAUGAGACAUGGCAAAAACAUCGUGUUGCUCACUUGAAACGUCUCAUUGCGGUAGCUCAAGCCCGCCAUAUAUCACCUUCCGUAGUAUGCAAGGCUUUAUUGGCUCCAUCGGAUCGUCAAGAAAAAGAAUACUCUGUCUACAAACCCUUCUUGAUGAUAUGGGCUCUAUUGGACCUGCUGUAUGCAACACUUUUUAAAGUCGUUGCAACGCCCAAAGAAGAAGACUGGUCAAUUUCAUUGUUUAAUUACAUUCGCAAGAACGAUGAAACCAUGUUGAAGCACACCGACUCGAUACUGGAGACCUUUACCGAUGACUUUUUACCCUGCGCAUCAUUUGAAGAGUUCUGUGAUGUUGCUGGUCUUUUUGGCGAUAUUGAAAAUCCUCAAACAUUUAUAGAGAAUGUUUUGUCGUCGUUACCCACAACAAUAACGGCAUCAUCAAACGCAACUGCAGCAUCAUCUUCGUCAUCAUCAAGUUGUUAAACUAAAUGAAAUUGUCGAAGGAGCAGUUCAUAGGAAUCACAUAAAACGAAUUAUUAAUUGCACUUAUAAUAACCCUUACUAACCCCGCAUUGAAGCAGUUAGUGUUGUAGUAGUAGUGGAAACUGCUUAAGUCCGCAAUAAAAUGAAUUAAACGGACAUAUUUGCAAUUUAACAAACAAUUAUAUUAAUCAAUAAAUUAUUCAUUUAAAUGUAAAACUA